AUGGUAUAUUACCCCAGAGGAGAUCCCGGAGCCCGGCGCCUGCUGCCCUGGCUCCUGCUGCUGGCAGCCUGGCGGGCGGGCAGCGCCCAGCUGCGCUACUCGGUCCCCGAGGAGGCCCAGCACGGCACGUUCGUGGGCCGCCUGGCGCAGGACCUGGGGCUGCCGCUGGCCGAGCUGGUGCCGCGCCUGUUCCGGGUGGCGUCCAGGGCCGGCGGGGACCUGCUGGAGGUGAACGUGCAGAACGGCAUCCUGUUCGUGAACGCGCGGAUGGACCGCGAGGCGCUGUGCGGGCGGAGCGCGGAGUGCAGCGUGCACCUGGAGGUGGUGGUGGAGCGGCCGCUGCAGGUGUUCCACGUGGAGGUGGAGGUGAGGGACGUCAACGACAACCCGCCCGUGUUCUCCCGACAAGAACAAAGGCUGUUUAUUUUAGAGUCAAGAGUGCCAGAUUCUCGGUUUCCACUGGAAGGCGCGUCUGAUUUGGAUGUCGGAGCAAAUGCAGAAUUGAGAUACAAACUAAGUGCUAACGAAUAUUUUGACCUGGAUGUUAAAUCAAAUGAAGAAGGAACGGACUUUUUAAAGCUAGUUUUGAAGAAACCCUUAGAUAGAGAAGAAAGCCAAGAACAUCGUUUAGUGCUGAUCGCGAUUGAUGGAGGAAGACCUGAACUAACAGGUACAGUUCAGUUACUGAUCAAUGUAUUGGACGCGAACGAUAAUGCCCCAGAAUUUGAUAAAUCCAUUUAUAACGUCAGAUUGUUGGAAAAUGCGCCAAAUGGGACGUUAGUGAUACAACUUAAUGCCUCAGAUGCAGAUGAGGGCAUUAAUAAGGAAAUAGUAUAUUUCUUUAGCAAUCUUGUCCUUGAUGAUGUGAGAUCUAAAUUUAUAAUUAACUCUAGGACUGGAGAAAUAAGAGUUAAUGGAGAACUGGAUUACGAAGAUUGUAAUUUAUAUGAAAUUAACAUUGAUGCAGUGGAUAGAAGUACAUUCCCGCUGUCAGGACACUGCAAAGUAAUAGUGAAACUGCUGGAUGAGAAUGACAACGCUCCCCAACUGGACAUAACCUCCCGCUUUCUGCCCGUCCGCGAGGACGCUCCCGUGGGCACGGUGAUCGCCCUCAUCACUGUCUCCGACCGCGACUCGGGCGCCAACGGGCAGGUGAGCUGCGCCCUGACGCCCGACGUGCCCUUCCGGCUGCUGUCGACCUUCAGGAACUACUACUCGCUGGUGCUGGAGAGCGGGCUGGACCGCGAGCUGGUGUCGGGCUACGGCGUGGUGGUGACGGCGCGCGACGCGGGCUCGCCGGCGCUGCGGGCGUCGGCCAGCGUGUGGGUGGAGGUGGCGGACGUGAACGACAACGCGCCCGCGUUCGCGCAGGCCGAGUACACGGUGUUCGUGAGGGAGAACAACGCGCCGGGCUGCCACCUGGUGACGGUGUCGGCGCGCGACGCGGACGCGCGGGAGAACGCGCGCGUGUCGUACUCGCUGGUGGAGCGGCGCGUGGGCGAGCGCUUGCUGUCGAGCUACGUGUCGGUGCACGCGGAGAGCGGGCGCGUGCACGCGCUGCAGCCGCUGGACCGCGAGGAGCUGGAGCUGCUGCGCUUCGAGGUGAGCGCGCGCGACGCGGGCGUGCCGGCGCUGGGCAGCAACGUGACGCUGCAGGUGUUCGUGCUGGACGAGAACGACCACGCGCCGUGGGUGCUGCCGCGGGGCGCGGGCGGGCCGGCGAGCGAGGCGGUGCCGGUGUGGGUGUCGCGGUCGGCGGGCGCGGGCCACGUGGUGGCGAAGGUGCGCGCGGUGGACGCGGACGCCGGCUACAACGCGUGGCUGUCGUACGAGCUGCUGGCGGCGCCGAAUGCGAAUGCGAAUGGGGCGGCGGCGGCUGCGUCGGGCGGGGCGCGGCUCCCGUUCCGCGUGGGGCUGUACACGGGCGAGAUCAGCACGACGCGCAGCCUGGACGAGGCGGACUUGGCGCGCCAGCGGCUGCUGGUGCUGGUGAAGGACCACGGCGAGCCCGCGCUGACGGCCACGGCCACGGUGCUGCUGUCGCUGGUGGACGGCGGGCAGGCGGCGGCGGCGGCGGCGGCGGCGUCCUCGUCGCGGGCGGGUACGGCGGCGGCGGCGGCUGCGGCGGGCGGCGCGGCGGCGCUGCUGGACGUGAACGCGUCCCUGAUCGUGGCCAUCUGCGCCGUGAGCAGCCUGCUGGUGCUGACGCUGGUGGUGUGGACGGCGCUGCGGUGCUGGGCGCCGGCCGCGGAGGGCGCGUGCGGGCCGGGGCAGCCGGCGCUGGUGUGCGCGAGCGCGGUGGGGAGCUGGUCGUGCUCGCAGCGGAGGCGGCAGCGGGUGAGCGGCGGCGAGGGCGCGCCCAAGGCCGACCUCAUGGCCUUCAGCCCCGGCCUUCCUCCGGGCCCCACCUCUACUGACACAGACAACGUGAGUGUUUAA